GGUAUAAAUACAGCUCAAGCUUUCCUCCUACUUGCUUGCUGUGUCUUCUGUCUUGGUUGAGUGUUUCAGGUUAAAUUCCAGGUGCCAACAUGUCAUUCAUCAAUGCAUUUCUCGAGCAGCUCUCCUAUCAGGGCAUGCAAGAUUUGCAAGACAUCACAGAGGGGCAGGGGACUGUGAAGCCCUAUCCUCAGUUUAAUCCAGCUUCAGAUGUAGCCGUCUUGGACAAAGCAAUCAAGGCAAAAGGUGUGGAUGAGGCCACAAUAAUUGAUACACUGGUCCGUAGGAGCAAUGCCCAGCGCCAGCAAAUUAAGGCUGCCUAUCAGCAAGCCAGUGGCAAGCCUCUGGAUGUGGCUUUGAAAGCUGCUCUUAAAGGUGAGCUGGAAGAAGUGGUUCUGGCCCUGUUGAUGCCUCCCGCUCAAUAUGAUGCUUUUGUGCUAAAAAAUGCCAUGAAGGGUAUGGGCACAGAUGAGGAUACGCUUGUUGAGAUUUUGGCUUCAAGAACCAAUAAAGAGAUCAGAGAUAUUAAAGAGGCAUACAAACAUGACUACAAAAAAGAUCUAGAGGCUGAAAUCAAGUCUGAGACAAGUGGAGACUUCAGGAAUGCACUUCUUACUCUCUGCAAGGCUAACAGGAGUGAAAACAAUACUGUGCAAGUUGACCUGGCUGACAAAGAUGCCAGGGCCCUAUAUGAGGCGGGAGAGAAAAGAAAGGGCACAGACAUUUCCGUGUUCAUCGACAUCCUCUGUACAAGGAGUGGUGCUCAACUGAGGCAAGUUUUCAGUCAAUACUCAAAGUACAGUAAGGUGGAUGUUGCAAAAGCCAUCGAUCUGGAGUUGAAAGGAGACAUUGAGAACUGCUUGGUUUCUGUCGUGAAAUGUAUGGGCUGCAAGCCUGCAUUCUUUGCUGACAAACUAAAUCUAGCAAUGAAGGGCUCUGGUUACAAGGGCAAGAUUUUGACCAGAAUAUUGGUAUCCCGUUCUGAGAUUGACCUGGCCAAAAUCAAACAAGAGUAUCAGAAGAAGUACGGCAAGUCCCUCUACCAAGACAUCCAGGACGACACCAAAGGAGACUAUGAGACGAUCCUGUUGGCCUUAUGUGGCAAUUAAUUGGUGCCAAUAAUAAGUGGAUACAGAUUACAUCAUUAUCAGUAAACAUCAGUAUAGGAAUUAUAUAGCUCUAUAAAACAUCUGUAAUACAUUGGAAGCAUUUUCGAUUAAUAAAAACUGUUGUCUGAA